AUGAGGGCCACGGCAGUUGUCCUCGCGGCAGCGAUUCGCUUUGCAUACGCUCAAGACAUAGACGAUAUUCCUUCAUGUGCUCUAGAUUGUCUGGGUGCGCCUCCAUUAGAAUAUUGUUACAUAAGGAGAAAUCCCAAUUGCGCUUGCGGCUUCGGAACACACGACUCCAUGCGAACCCGAUGGGCCUUCUGCACGCUGAGCGCUUGCGCGUCCAAAGGAAUAACAUUUGAAGAUGUGUGGCCCCCCUUUGCGGCCUACUGCGUCGCUAAUGGCUGGCUCGAUGCCUCCGAGACGGAUGUGACUUCUACGAUGACCUUGACAAGAACACGUGCCAUCAUCGUCACACGUACUGGAUCCGCCACUUCCGGCGGCGAUGACACACAUACUACCGCGAAUAUCGAGACAUCCACAUUAGAGACAAACGUUGGUUCAACCACAGCACAAGCCGCAAUACCGACGACAACAUCCCCUAUCGCCGGAAUUGCCCCUACCGCCGAACCUACAUCUACGACUGAUGGUGACAACAGCGGCCCCUCUUCCUCCUUCAGCGAAUGA